CUUAUCGGCCUCACUAUCGCGAUUAAGAAAUAUUGAAAACGUCUAUCCACACUCCACACUCCACACUCCAACACCACCACCACCACCUGCACCACGCUCCUUCCUUCACCCCGCAUACACAAUCCACCAUGGGCGUCGCAAAGAAAACCCGCAAGUUCGGCCAGGUCAAGCGCCUCAUCGGCCAACGCGAUGCGCGCCUCAAAAAGAACGUCGACGCCGCUGCCGAGGGACAAAAGAAGAAAGAAGUUGCCGUCGUUCGCCAGAUCCCCCAGGUCUCCUCGGCCCUCUUCUUCCAGUACAAUACCGCUCUCGUGCCGCCCUACUCUGUCCUCGUCGAUACCAAUUUCUUAUCGCAUACCGUCCAGCGCAAGCUGCCGUUGCUCGAGUCUAUGAUGGACACGCUCUACGCAAAGUGUACGCCUAUAAUUACAUCGUGUGUGAUGGCUGAGCUCGAGAAGCUGGGACCGAAGUACAGGAUUGCGCUGCGGAUAGCGAGAGAUGAGAGGUGGGAGAGGCUUCAGUGCGAUCAUAAGGGUGUGUAUGCAGAUGACUGCAUUGUGGAUCGUGUGAUGAAGAACAAGGUUUAUAUUGUGGCGACGAACGAUUUGGACCUUAAGCGGAGGAUAAGGAAGAUUCCCGGUGUCCCGAUUAUGAGCGUCGCGAGAGGAAAGUAUGUCAUUGAGAGGUUGCCCGACGCACCUGAGAAAUAGAGGACUGCAAGAACAAAGGAUGGGAUACGAUUUUGAAAGGUUGUGUAUACUGGCAUAGCGUACGGAGUUUUGGGCGUUGAAAAGGGCCAUGGUGACACCCUGUACGACAUCAGGGAGAUUAGGGGAGCAGCAUCAUUGACUGCAAAAGUGAAAAAUAUAAUCAAUCACAAGACAAUCAGUAGUUCCUCGCCCUGCUGUCAAACAUGAAGUAGAUCAAACGCUUGCAGAUCUCAUAUUGUAAUUCUAGGAAUCCCACCAACUCCGAG